AUUUGUCGUUAAAUUACGACAAAAUUUCUAACAGUGUUGCCUCUAAGAAUAUGGAAUUGGUUGGUCCACAGUUCCUGUCGCUGCCAGACGACGCGCUGCUGGUCGUGCUGGCCUUCCUGACUCCGAAGGAGCUCUUCGCCUGCCGCACCGUUUGUCGCCGCCUCCGCGACAUCUGCGAGCACAGAGACCUGUGGAGGAAGGUUCAUGUGUGGGAUGAUGAUGCAGGCCUGCUGCGCGCCGCGCUGGCCCUCGCCCCAUGCCUCAAGGGAAUGCACCUAUCGUUAGGGUGUUUCAAAAAAAUUUGA